UGUUAGGCCUGUGUUGGUGCUGGGGCUUGGAUCGAUCCCAACAAUUGGGUGGAUCAGAGAAGGAACCGGCCUAUAUAGCAAUGGCCGAAGCCUAUAGUCCAUACACACUAGAGCUAGUCAUAGCUAGUACAACGUACCACUAGAGCCCACCCGCCCGCAGCAGCAGUGGCAGCGGAUCGGAGAACUCGUUGUUGAUCAACUAACAUGGCUCCUCCCCAUGAGACGGAGAACUCAUCAGCGCCGGCCACGGUGACGACGGUGGACGUGACGGCGGCGAGGGACCUUAUCGCGGCUGCCGGCGGCCACCGCUACCUGGACGUGAGGACGGAGGAGGAGCUGAGCAAGCUGGGGCACCUGGUGGAGGUGGACAGGUCCAUCAACGUGCCCUACAUGUUCAUCACCCCAGAAGGAGGCCGUGUGAAGAAUGCUCAGUUCGUGGAGCAGGUGGCGUCGCUCUUUACCAAGGAGGAACACGUCGUGGUGGGGUGCCAAAGCGGCAAGAGAUCGGAGCAAGCAUGCGUUGAUCUCCAAGCAGCAGGGUUCAAGAACGUCAAGAACAUGGGGGGCGGCUACCUUGCCUGGCUCCAACAUGGCUUCCCCGUCCACCACCGCACCACCCCGCCGCCACCACGCCAAGACGCCUAGGCCUAGCUCAAACUCCAACUCCAACUCCAACUCCAAAGGGCCGGCCAAUACAAACGAAAUAAAACGAUUGCUCCCACCAGCCACUCUCGUCUCCACUUCUACUAUCAUUAUUGUCACCGGAUAAGAUUCCCCAACAAUAUGUUUCCAUGCCAGCAUUCCCCAACAUACUCCUGUAUAUGAUUAGUGCUAAUAAAAUGGAUCAAAUCCUUUAUAUA